UCUAUAGGGUUUAUUAUCAAAAAUAAAAUUGAAAAAUAGUACACCAGUCUCUGUACUCACACGGGCAGUUUGUGUUCCUCAGCUUAACUAUUUUUUCAGUUGAAGAUGCGAAUCGAAAGAAAAGCGACAUGACGCGGAGGAAUUUCCGAAAGAGAAGUAUAGCGGACGACGGGGAAGAAGAUUCAGCAACUAAGGAUAACGACGCGUCCGACGACGAGCAAGAAAGGAGGUUGGCUUUAGAGGAAGUGAAGUUUCUUCAAAAACAAAGAGAGAGGAAGUUAGGAAUCCCAGCUGUAUCCUCCUCAACAGCACAAGUUGCAGCAGGCGGCGGCGCUAGUAAUAACAGUGCAGGUGGUUUGGUUAGGAAGGUGAAUGAUAAGGGUGAAGGAGAUGUGGAGAAAGAUGAGUUGGUACUGCAAGAUACUUUUGCUCAGGAAACUGCCGUGUUGGAAGAAGACCCCAACAUGGUGAGAUACAUUGAGCAAGAGUUGGCCAAAAAAAGAGGCAAGAACGUUGAUGUAGCUGAUCAAGUUGAAAAUGAAGUGAAACGUGCUGAGGAUGAACUUUACAAAAUUCCGGAGCAUCUUAAAGUGAAAAGGAGGAAUUCGGAGGAGAGCUCCACCCAGUGGACUACUGGAAUAGCUGAAAUACAGCUCCCUAUAGAGUACAAAUUGAAGAAUAUCGAGGAGACAGAGGCUGCUAAAAAGCUCCUACAGGAGAAGAGGCUAAUGGGAAAAGCCAGAACUGAAUCUAGCAUCCCCUCAAGUUACUCUGCAGACUAUUUCCAACGUGGCAAGGAUUAUGCUGAAAAACUCCGGAGAGAACAUCCUGAUUUGUACAAGGAUAAGACUAAAGAUACUGGAAAUCCAGAAUCCAAACCCCUUGAUUCAAGUUCAGAUGUAGGCGUCAAAAGGCAAGCUGCAACAGAUCAAUUCAUGCUUGAACGCUUUCGGAAAAGGGACCGUCAUCGGGUGAUGCGUAGAUAGUGCAUGAACACGGUUCUCCCACAUGACGGAGUCGUUCCUCAGUGGAAAGUACAGUUAUCCAGCUUCCUUUGCUGUCUGUGAAGGCAUAAGCUUUGUUUGACGUGGAAUUAGCUCUUAUUCCAACUUUACCAACACCAUUUUGAUUUUUGGUAAUACCAAUCCAUUUUUUAUGCAGAUUGAUUUCCCUACAACUAGAAUAUGACAUUCUCUUAAAGACAAAAAUAUCCUUUGCAAUUGGCAGUGGCAGUUUACUUUUGUUUUUCA